UUUACGUGUUCUCCUGAGAACCGUAACGUUCUGUCUAAAGGUUCUCUCUGUCCCCAGGUCCUCCUGACGGGCCCUGGGCUCUGUGUUGUGGGAUCAGACCGCCGGCCCUCUGAGGAUGAUGGACCCUGUGACCCCGCCGGGCUGCAGAACCAGCACCAGAACUAGGACUGGAACCAGAACCAGCACCGGGACCAGGAUGGACCCCAGAACCGCGGCGUGCAGACGGACUCUCGGUGGGAUCCUGCUGGUGGCGGGAAUGCUGGUUUCCAUGGUGACAUCGAGCUCACCUGCAGCAGGUGUGCUGGACUUGAACAGAACGGCAGAGUCCUCCCCCCCCUCCCCCUCCCCCGCCGCUGGACCACCGGCCCCCAGCCCACUCUCAGACUCCGGUUACCACGGCGCCCCUGGUGGCGCCGGCUCGGCGGAGGACUCGGACCCGGGCGCUCAGGGCAUCCACCUCCUGCUGAGACCUCCAGACCUGCUGUCCCCCAGCCUCCCCCCUCCCCUCCCUCCACACCCCCAGCCCACCCUCACCCCGCCCCCCCCCUGGGAGCAGGGCCCCUCCCUGGAGGAGGCCUGGGGGUCCGGGGACUACCUGGAGACGCUGUCCUUCAUGGUUCCUGACGGCGAGGAGCUGGCGCUGGCCACGCCGCUGCCGUACGACCAGGACACCGCCGGGGGGGACUGGGUCUCCUACGACACUGCCUUCCCCGCCCGUCCCACCGUCCCCCUCUCCUCCCGCCUCCAACUGUCCCCCUCCUCGUCCUCUACUCCUGGUGUCCCACUGCACACCCGCCCCGCCCACGCCGACGUCUUCCCCACCUGGGACGAGGACUAUGACCUGGAGGACAUGAUGCCCCUGGAGCCCACCGAGCUGCUGCUGCCGGACAUGAACAGCAUGGAGUACUAUACCAACCUGCUGGCCCGGGAGAGGGACCGGGACAAGGACCAGGACCGGGGUAAAGACCAGGACCGGAUCAAGGACCGGACUGACUCCAAACCCCCCAUCAGUCCCACAGCGACCCAGUCCCACCGCCCCCCUUCGACCCCGUCCCCGAGCUCUGGCCCCCCUGAGGGAGGCGCCACGCCGCCCCUCACCCUCUCGCCGUCUCUCACUGGAGACCAGAAGCCGCCUCCUCCUCCUCCUCCUCCCAGCCCCACCAGGACCGCUCCUGCUCCAGAACCCCCUCCAGACCACGUGGCAACAACCGCGGGCAGACCGCCGCCUCCCCGCCCCCCUUCCAACGCCACCACGGGCCGGGUGCCGCCCCCUCCCCCGCUGGGACCGCCGACCCGCCCCGACAGGCCGGAGAGGCCUCCUCCGCCGGUCACGGACAAGCCGGUGAAGGCUCCGCCCCCCAGGACCACCGCCGCCGCCACAACGACCACGACGACCACGACGACCCAGAUCACCGCCAUCAGCCUGACCAGAGCGCCGCCGGUCACCACGCCCAAAGUGGCACAGGCUCCGCCCACCAGGCAGUACCUGUGCAACAUCACCAGGCCAGAGAUGUACCUGGUCAGAGUGGUCAGCUCCAAAGGUUCGUCAGCUGGUUUCACUCAAGUCAGAGAUUUACUGAAGAGAGAGUUCAACCGCUCAGUGGAGCUGCAGUUCCUGAGGACUCCUUCUAGUUUUGCGUUCCGUGUCGUGUCUGGUUCUCUGAUCUUCACCUCCAUGUCUGUGAUCAACGCGCUGCGCCGGGCGCCGCGUGGCUUCGGCCCGGUUCCCGUGGUAACGCCGCUCUACACCGUACCUGACCUGCGCUACCAGGUGCACAGCGUGCUGCAGUUCGUCCCCGCCCACGUGGACGUCCGGCUCUGUAACUUCAGCGAGCGGAUCGAGAGAGGGCUGCUGAUGGCGUACGGCGAGACGCGGAAACGCUCGCAUGAGGCGGGAAACGUCACCGUGCAGCUGUUGAACAUCACCAUGCCCGUGUCGCGGCUGCUGGCGACGGCGGCGGCGGCGGCGGGGAAGAAGGUUUCCGUGGACGUGACCUUUGCGGUGCGUGAGGGGGGGCGGGACUUCCUGCCGGGGUCAGAGGUCAGCGAGCACCUGAGGAGGCUCAGCCUGGUGGAGUUCAGCUUCUACCUGGGGUUCCCCGCCCUGCAGGUCGCAGAACCGUUCCACUACCCGGAGCUCAACACCUCCCACCACCUGCGCUCCACCUGGGUCCGCACAGUGCUGCUGGGGGUCCAGGACCAGCUGGUGUCUGAGAGGAGCUUUAAAGCUCGUCUGGAGAGACGUCUGGCUCUGCUGCUGGAGGAGGGACAGCAGACCACCAGCAGGAGGCGCCAGAGGAGAGCCACCGCCGUAGGAGACCACAGUCUACAGGUGGUGCGGGUUGCCAGGUUGGCGGGUCCGGAGCGCCCCCUGGAGGUGUUCUACUUCGUGGAGGGUCCCGGUGGAGAACGUGUUCCUGCUGAGCAGACGGCAGAGACCCUGAACCGCCUCGACCUGCAGAGAGCCGCCAUCGUCCUGGGACACCGCGUCCACAGACCCAUCGCCCAGCCGGUGGAGACCCUGUCUGUCCCCCCGGCGGAGACCCAGAGCAGCAGUGUGUGGCUGAUUGUGGGCGUGGUGGUGCCGGUGCUGCUGGCGCUCUUCAUCAUCAUCAUCCUCUACUGGAAGCUGUGCGGCUCGGAGAAGCUGGAGUUCCAGCCGGACGCCAUCAACACCAUCCAGCAGCGGCAGAAGCUUCAGGCUCCCAGCGUCAAAGGCUUCGACUUCGCCAAGCUCCACCUGGGCCAGCACAGCAAGGACGACAUCAUGGUGAUCCAGGAGCCUGGCCCGCUGCCCGCCCCCGUCAAAGAGGCCACGCCCUCCGACGGCGGCGACCUCAACACGCCCAAAUCCAAAGGGUCGUCCACCAAGGUGACGCGGUCCAGCCGCCGGCGGGGCAGGCUCAGCCCGUCAGACGGCGACUCGUUAGGAAGCGACCAAUCGAGCGGCAGAGAGUCAGCAGAAGAAAACACCCGCCCUGUGGCCACGCCCAGCGAGGGGAAACAGCACAGGAAGACGCCCAAAAAUGGGAGGAACAAGAUGGGCAGCGGACCAGACGAGCUUCUCUCCUCGUCCUCCAUCUUCGACCACGUCGACCGUCUGUCUCGCGGCUCGUCCGACGGCACGCGUCGCCAGGCCAACAAGGUGCAGCUGAUCGCCAUGCAGCCGCGCCCGAGCCCGCCGCCGCUGCACGCGCCGCCCCAGCUGAGCCCCACCCUCACCGAGAAGGUCAGCACAGAGGUGGCGCUGAGACACAAGUCGGAGAUCGAGCAUCACCGGAACAAACUCCGGCAGCGCGCCAAGAGGCGGGGCCAGUGUGAGUUUCCCUCCAUGGAUGACAUCAUGGACGCGUUUGGAGACGGGCCGGUGCAGAGCGAGGUGGCGCAGCGUCUCUACAGCUCCGCCCACGACCACAUGGACUGCAUCCUGCAGAGCGACGCCCACUCCCCGCCCACGCCCACCGACUCCCGCAGGAGAGGGAGGCGCUCUCCCCGGGGUCGGCGGGCUCAGCCAGGACCUGGAAGUCUUCCUGAUACAGACAGAGACCGUCUGCUCACCGACCACAGCGCCACCUACAGGAAGUACCCCGGCCUCAACAACGUGGCCUACAUGUCGGACCCCGACCUGCCCCCCGACCACGGCAGCCCCUCCCCCACCGACGAGGUGUUUGACUCCGCCCCGGCCCCGCCCCCCUACAUGCCCCCCCAGCCCUCCAUCGAGGAGGCGCGGCAGCAGAUGCACUCCCUUCUGGAUGACGCCUUCGCCCUGGUGUCGCCGUCCUCACAGGGCAGCGCCGGGGUGAGCGGGGUAAGCCCCGCCCUGCCUAGCCCCUCCCCCCAAACCCGCCCCCCAGGCAGGCAGUGGGGCUCGUACCCAGCUGCCCCCUCUCACAGCCCCUUCUCUGCUAGGUAUGCAGAGCUGGGGAUGUCCCCCACCUCGGUCCAGGGCCUGCUGCAGAGGCAGGGACUAAACUCAGGAGGGUAUGUUUCUACUGGAGACCAGCUUCAGGAGUCUGUUUACUCCAGCAGGGGACAGUAUGAGGACCCCCCCUCCUCAUCAAGACCACGACCUGUAGGGGGCAGCACAGGUGCACAGCUCCACCACUUGACCCAGGUGGGCUUGUCCAGUCAGAUCGGUGCGUACCCCGGGGUGGGUCGCAGCAUGUCCGGUCCAACCGGCUCCAGUUGGAACCAGCAGCACUCGGAUCAGGACCUGUCCAGACCAGGAGCCAGCAGAGAGAGUGUGCUGUCGUUCCCCGAGUUCUCGUCCUCCUCUGUUUUCCAGAUGCCCAGCUCCUCGUUGCGGGACCCGUCGGCGCCGCCUCUCCUCCUGACCUCACCGACCCCGGAGUACCCGCCAGAGGACGCCUCACCGUCCGCCCACACCUCCGCCUCCCUUAUAAAGGCUAUCAGGGAGGAGCUGCGACGACUGGCCCAGAAACAGGCUGCAGUCACCAGCUACCCUUAGACUGGCCUGGACCUGUUUGGAUCAGGACUCAACUGGUUUGUACCAUUUUAAACCACAAAGACUGGAUUAAAACCACAACCGAUCCACACGCUGGACGCUCUUGAGCUAAUGUACGUCUGUGCCACUAGACCCAAAAUGACUCUGGACCAUGAUCCAUGUCUGAAAAAAAAAAAAAAGACUGUGUCUCCUGACUUAAAGACCUCCGGUAAUUCACAGGGUCCCGUCUGUUUGUCCAUCAUUCUUCAGCUCAGAGUUUGACUCUUCAUGUUUCCAUUGAAGUGCUUCCUGGUAGAUCAUUCAAACAUCAUCCUUCCUGAACAUCUGAAGUGGGUCAUACUUUUUGAACUUCCGGAGUGGUUCGUCCUUCCGGAGCUUCCAGAGUGGAUGGUUGCUCUCGACCUUCUGGAGGGGAUGAUCCCACCUGGAGUUCAUUCUGGACUUCUGACGUAGAUCAUCCCUCCGGUCUCUCUGGAGUGGAUUGUCCUUCCACAGUGGAUGGUCGCUCUCAAA